AUGGCCGAGCCCCCCACAGCGGAAGAAUGGGAGGAUCAGCGAAAUACGAUCAUUGGUCUUUACAUUGGCGGGUCGAUGUCUGUGCCGAGACUUCGGCGUUACAUGCGAUCUCAGUACAAUUUCGACGCCUCCCCGAAGAUGUACAGAAGUCGCUUUCGAAAAUGGGGUGUGAGAAAAUACACGUACCACAAUUGCUCGACAGCCGUCACGGAUGAGACGUCGGAACUUGCCAUCAAGCCAGCGGCCAGUCGGCAACCAGUAGCCAUCCCAGCAUUCUCCUCCCGCGUUCAAGGACAGACCAACGAGUCACCUAGUCCGUUUUGGCACUAUUUAGGUCCAUCUCUAAGAGGAGUGCAGAUUCGCCACCGUGUCCAUGGCAUGCCGCAGCCGCCAGACAUUUUCUAUGUCCCAGAAAAGUGCCUGAAGCUAUUACAGUCGUAUGUGAAAGGUUCUUCCGAGGGUAUGCAUUGGCCACGCGACGAUCACGGCAGCUUUCUGAACGAGGAUGUUGUCCCCAGCUGGUGCAGUCCCCUGAUGUCGGCGGCUUGGGUCCUGAAGGAGGGAAAAUUGGAAUCAGCGACGAUGCUCUUGGGCAAGUUCAUUGACCAGUCCCCUCGGCAGCUGGCGCGUCAGGAUCCAUUGAUCUUCGCAUUCGUCUACACAUCUGUCUUAUUUUUUGCUCCGAAUCAUCCCCGCAUCGCUGACUUCUUACUCCGAAAUCUACGUAUCGCAGCUCAGAGGCUUCCAGACGCGGAGGGUCACCCACUCCGCACCCUGAUCCUGCUACUAUGCCAGCUGGGACCUGCUGGUAUCGUCCAGAAUGCGAGUAGGAUAUUGCUCGCUUAUGUCGAGUUCAUCCAAGCGGAACUUGGCGCUGCUUGUCCUCUUGUACAGGAUAUGAUGUCCGACGCUAUAAUGCGACUAAUAGCGGGCCGUUUGAUCAGUGCUGAAACGGCGACGGAGCACAUUCGCCGGAUGAUGACAGCAGCCGAAGCGCAGGGUUGGCAUCGAUGCAGGUACUAUCUGCAACUCAAAAUGCACCAGUCCAUGGCGUACCUCAAUAUGGGCCAGCCCUGGUACGCUGAAGCGCGGCGUACGGCCGAAGAAGUUACCGAGGACCAGUAUGCUGAUUUCCGAGACAAUGGGCUCAACAUGGACUACCACAUGCUAAUGUGCAAGAUCAAUGAAGCCGAAGGGCGCUGGGAGGACGCCAAGCUUUCGGCUCUUCGGGCGGUGACAACAAGCAUGAGUCACUUUGGGAAAGACUCGGAUUGGGCGGCCAAUACCCUAAUUGUUUAUCGAAGAAUUCUCAGACGAAUGGGGGAAGACGAGCUUGCUGAAAAGGUCGCUGAAGACCGUGAUUUCGUCAUUGGGAGACUCUGUGAGAGGUGA